AAUUGGGGAAACCGUGCCCAUACUGAAAUUGAGAAGCACGCGUUCAAAUACCGUGCGAACAGCUCUGACUAGUCUGAUUAUUGUCGCCGGACACACAUCUACAUAAACACAACGGCACACGCACGUCGUGUGCACGCACUCAACGAUGGCCGGGAAUUGGUCGAGUUUGAACCGGCGCGGUUUUCAAUUGGUCGAGAACCUACUGCGCGUUCGAAGCCAACGUAUAAAGGAUUUCGCCGAUCAAGGUCGUCUCGCAGACGUUCGCGGCCUUCUGCAUAGACGAAGCUAUCAUCUUUCGACAACGUGUUGCACACCGGACCAAAACAUGGCAUCGAUACUUCAAAAGAACAUUUGGGAGAGUGAUUCUGAGCUCUUCGAGUUGAUGAAGAAGGAGAGGAAACGGCAGGAAUCCGGAUUGGAGCUGAUCGCGAGUGAAAACUUCACGUCUCUCAGCGUACUUCAAUGUCUUAGCUCGUGUUUGCAUAAUAAGUACAGCGAGGGUCUGCCUGGUCAAAGAUACUACGGUGGAAACGAAUUUAUUGACGAGAUUGAAUUGCUGGCGCAGAAACGCGCCUUGGAAGCUUUUAAUUUGGAUCCUGAAGAAUGGGGCUGCAACGUACAACCUUAUUCGGGAAGUCCAGCGAAUUUCGCAGUGUAUACGGGCCUGUUGGAGCCUCACGGACGUAUAAUGGGUCUGGACUUGCCCGACGGUGGCCAUCUCACUCACGGUUUCUUCACGGCGACCAAAAAGAUCUCUGCUACAUCCAUCUUUUUCGAAUCGAUGCCGUAUAAAGUUGAUCCUGUCAGUGGCUUGAUCGACUACGAUGAACUCGCGAAGCAGGCAAGAUUAUUCAAGCCGAAAAUCAUCAUCGCUGGAGUAUCCUGUUAUAGUAGAUGUCUCAACUACAAACGUUUUCGCGAAAUCGCCGACGAAAACAAUGCCUAUCUCUUCAGCGACAUGGCUCACGUUUCCGGAUUAGUCGCCGCCGGAUUAAUACCCAGUCCUUUCGAAUUUAGCGAUGUUGUUUCAACAACUACACAUAAAACUUUACGAGGUCCCCGCGCUGGUGUUAUUUUCUUCCGAAAAGGCGUUCGAAGCGUCACAAAGGACGGCAAGAAGAUUAUGUAUGACAUAGAGAAUAGAAUAAAUCAAGCGGUUUUUCCGGGUCUUCAAGGUGGACCUCACAAUCACGCUAUUGCCGCUAUAGCAACCACUAUGAAACAGGUGAAAACAUCGGAAUUUCUCGAAUAUCAGAAGCAAAUAGUGGCUAAUGCGAAGAGACUGUGCGCCCGUUUGCAAGAACACGGUUAUAACAUCAGUACUGGUGGCACGGACGUCCAUAUGAUGUUAGUAGAUCUACGAUCCACAGGCAUAACCGGUUCAAAGGCAGAAAAGAUCUUGGAAGACAUUUCUAUCGCCUGUAAUAAGAACACUGUUCCUGGUGAUAAAAGUGCGUUAAAUCCUAGUGGAAUCCGUUUAGGAACGCCAGCACUUACUACUCGUGGUUUAGUCGAGGAAGACAUCGCCAAAGUUGCGGACUUUAUAGAUAAAGGACUGAAACUUUCAAAAGAAGUGAGUGCUAUCUCCGGUCCAAAGCUAGUUGACUUCAAGAGGGUUUUGAAUACUGAUGAAAUUAUCAAGGUAAAGGUUGCGGCUUUAAAGGAAGAAGUGGAAACUUUCUCGAGGCAAUUUUCAAUGCCUGGUAACGAAACAUAUUAAGCACCAUAAAACAUAUUUCGCUUUUCGUUAAUCUUGUUCCAUAAUGUUUUCAUUAUGUCAUUAAAUGUAAAUUUUUUAAAUUAUAUAUUUUUACAACGAAAUUUGUAUUUCGUAUAUCCAACUUGUUCGAAAUUCGAUAGCGCGGUACAUUUCUAUUAUAAAAUAGAAAUGUAUGAAACAUUAUUGUUAUAUAAUUCUUUUCUAAUAAAAAAUGGAUUUAUUAUGCAUGGAAUGAAUGUAUAAUAAAAUUUUUCAUAAAAUUAUGCCACCGAGUGCAACCAACAAAGAAAUCCUCUAAGCCAAAGUGUAAGCAAAGUCACAGAGUAAGGCGCGUAUAAUUUUAAUGAAUAAGUUGUAAUCAAUUUACCCCCCCCCCCAAAAAAAAACAAGUUUGAUCUCUCUGCUGUUAAGUUGUAAUUCUCAAAUUCACAAUGAUGCAUUAAGUACAUUGAAUUAAUUAAGUUAAUUAACAUAA